AUGGCAAAUAUAUCUCACGUUGACUCCACAAAUGGAGCAUCUUUGAAAUUUCCCAACACCGGAACUUUUCAGGGCUUCAAUAAGCCAUCUCGUCUUGAAGGCGACAUUUUCGACUGCGAGGUAGAUGGAGAAAUUCCCACCGAUAUUGAUGGCACUUUCUACCGCGUGCAGCCGGACCACCGCUUCCCUCCAAUGUUCUCCGACGACAUCCAUUUCAAUGGCGACGGAAGUGUGAGCGCAGUUCGCAUCGCCAAUGGCCGCGUGGACUUCAAGCACCGUUAUGUUCAUACGGAUCGCUAUAACGCCGAAACCGAGCAAAGAAAAUCGCUUUUUGGCAAGUACCGGAAUCCAUUUACCGACAAUGCGUCUGUGGAAGCAGUCAUUCGGACAGCUGCCAAUACAAAUGUGUUCUUCUGGAGAGGAGCACUGCUGGCUACAAAGGAGGACGGUCCUCCAUUUGCAAUGGACCCAGUUUCCUUAGAGACAGUCGGACGUUAUGACUUUGAUGGCCAAGUGCUGUCUCCGACCUUUACUGCGCACCCGAAAUUUGAUCCUGUCACGGGGGAAAUGGUCUGCUUUGCCUAUGAGGCUGGCGGGAAUGGAAAUGAUGCAUCCUGUGAUAUUGUGGUGUAUACCAUCGAUUCUAACGGUAAAAAGACCGAGGAAGCUUGGUAUAAAGCACCAUUUUGCGGCAUGAUUCAUGAUUGCGGAUUGUCCGAGAACUACUUGAUUCUACCUAUGACCCCUUUAAAGUCCUCUCUCGAUCGGAUGAAGAAAGGAGGAGCGCAUUGGGCAUGGGACCCCAAUGAGGACCAGCUUUACGGCAUCGUGCCUAGGAGAGGUGGAAAGCCGGAAGAUAUUGUAUGGCUUAGGGCAGACAAUGGUUUCCAUGGACAUGUAGCAGGAUGUUACGAGAACGAGGAAGGAAAAAUCGUUUUCGAUCUCUCCGUUGCUGCCGGAAACGUUUUCUUCUUUUUUCCCCCAGAGGAUACCAUGGCUGGGACGGUGGCAGAGAGAAAUAAAACGACAAAUCAGACUGUUCGUUGGAUCUUUGAUCCUAAGUCGAAGACUGACACGCGUGUCACCCCCACCGAGAUCAUGGACACCGUCAAUGGUGAAUUUUCCCGCAUUGACGACCGUUUCGUUACGAAAGAAUAUCAGCAUUUUUGGCAGGCAUGCAUCGAUCCGAGUCGGCCAUAUGACUUUGAAAAGUGCGGCUCACCCGCAGGAGGUUUAUUCAACUGUUUGGGUCAUUUCACCUGGGAUAAGAAGGUCAAUGAUGUAUAUUGGGCGGGUCCAACAGCUACCUUCCAAGAACCCACUUUCAUCCCGAAAGAUAGCGGCAUUGAAGGUGACGGAUAUAUCAUCGCGUUCCUCAAUCACCUUGAUGUCUUGCGCAACGACAUUGUGAUAUUCGACGCCCAGAAUCUGAAUGACGGCCCCAUUGCCACCAUUCAUCUACCCUUCAAGUUACGUCUGGGACUUCAUGGAAACUUUGUCGAUCACAAAGAGAUAGCAGCAUGGCAAAAGCGACGAGAAGAAGGGAGUGAGAUUGGACCUCUGCGUGCGGCCACCGAGCCGCUCCCAUGGCAGAAACAGUUUGUCUCACAGUAA